GGCGAAUAAUAAGUACCUCCAAGUACUAAAAUAGUACGUAGGUUAUAGGUGGGUACGUAUAAUACCCAGUACAGAUUACGUAUCUUCGAUAUCUUUAGUUUCAAAGACAUUGAAGUCGGUUUUUUUUUCUUUCCUAAAUUUUUCUUUUUAUAUAGAACUUUAGUAAGGUUGUAAUUAUUGUCAGAACGUGGUUCCAAGUUUCCAUCUUUUUCAUCUACUUUACCUCGUCUUAAACGCACUCGUACGUCUCGUUUAUCAAUCUAUACGUAUAGGGUCUGUGAUCCAUCCCAUCUAUUCGUCCCGAGACAAUGGCCAACCCCCCUCAUGGCGGCGUCCUCAAGGACUUGCUUGCGCGAGACUUCCCUAGACAGGCGGAGCUUGCGGCCGAGGCUGAAACUCUCCCCGCCAUCACUUUGACCGAGAGACAACUCUGCGAUCUUGAGUUGAUCCUCAAUGGCGGCUUCUCGCCUCUUGAAGGGUUCAUGAACGAGGCCGAUUAUAAGGGUGUCGUGAAAGAGAACAGACUGGCCGAUGGGGUCUUGUUCAGCAUACCGAUUACCCUAGAUAUCUCUGGGGAAACAAUCAAGGAACUUGGCCUCAAGUCGGGUACCCGAGUGACGUUACGUGACCUUCGUGACGACAGAAACUUGGCUAUUCUUACCGUAGAUGACGUCUAUAAGCCAGACAAGGUCCUCGAAGCUAAGGAGGUGUUCGGGAGUGAUGAUGAAGCCCACCCGGCUGUCAAAUACCUCUUCAGAGAGGCUGCCGAGUUCAAUGUAGGCGGCAAAGUAGAGGCUGUCAACCGCCUACAACACUAUGACUUUGUAGAUCUCCGAUAUACACCCGCCGAGCUCCGCUUACAUUUCGAUAAGCUUGGUUGGAGCCGUGUUGUGGCUUUCCAGACAAGAAACCCCAUGCACCGCGCCCACAGAGAGUUGACUGUCCGUGCUGCUCGUUCGCAUCACGCAAAUGUGCUCAUCCACCCGGUGGUUGGCUUGACCAAGCCCGGUGACAUUGAUCACUUCACCAGAGUUCGUGUCUACAAGGCCCUGUUGCCAAGAUACCCCAACGGCAUGGCCGUGCUGGGUUUACUUCCGUUAGCCAUGCGCAUGGGCGGUCCCCGUGAAGCCAUAUGGCACGCCAUCAUCCGCAAGAAUCACGGAGCAACCCACUUUAUUGUCGGCCGAGACCAUGCCGGCCCCGGAAAGAACAGCCAAGGUGUUGAUUUCUAUGGGCCAUACGAUGCUCAAUACGCAGUUGAGAAAUACCGCGAUGAGCUUGGUAUUGAAGUCGUGCCAUUCCAAAUGAUGACUUAUCUGCCCGACAAGGACGAAUAUGCACCCAUCGACGAGAUUGCCAAGGAUACCCGUACUCUAAACAUUUCUGGCACUGAGCUGCGCUCCAGGCUUAGAAGUGGCCGAGACAUCCCCGAAUGGUUCUCGUACCCUGAAGUCGUCAAGGUGCUUCGUGAGUCGCACCCUGCGCGAGCUUCGCAAGGAUUCACUGUUUUCUUGACAGGCUACACAAACAGCGGAAAGGACCAGAUUGCCAGAGCUCUACAGGUCACUCUCAACCAGCAAGGUGGUCGAUCAGUGUCCAUGUUGCUCGGCGAGAACGUGCGACAUGAGCUAUCAUCUGAGCUAGGCUUCAGCAGGGAAGACCGCAGCAAAAACAUUGCACGUAUCGCAUUCGUGGCUGGCGAGCUUACCCGAUCAGGUGCCGCCGUCAUCGCUGCUCCUAUCGCGCCGUUCGACCAAGACCGAGCUUUCGCUAAGGAGGCUGUUGAGAAGUACGGCGACUUCUACCUAGUCCACGUCGCCACUCCCCUCGAGUUUUGCGAGAAGACUGACAAGCGAGGAAUCUACGCCAAGGCUCGCGCGGGAGAAAUUGUAGGCUUUACGGGUGUUGAUGACCCGUAUGAGCCUCCCUCUAAGCCCGACUUGGUCGUCGACUGUGAGAAGCAGACUGUACGAUCUAUCGUGCACCAGAUUGUGCUGAUGUUGGAGAGCCGUGGCCUGCUAGAUCGCCUAUAAACUUGGCCAGGCUUGUAGGAAUAUAUCUUUAGGAAUUCAUGAGGGAUUGAGCUCCGUAGCAGGAAUUCUAUAUUGGCAUAUUAUGUGAUAGAUAGAUGAAGAUGGAAAGGGAUAGACUCAUACAUAUAAAACAAAAUGAGCGAGCCUACCUUUGGCGUGCAGCCGCGAAAGCGUAGAUGGCACCCGGGUUUACCUUUAGGUUCCAGAUUAGAAACUAAGUAGGCGCUGAUACUACUAGCUAUUGGAGAAUAUAAAUACAAAUCGGUUAAAAAUGA